AUCACUUCCGUCUUCCUCUGCAGCUCCUGUUGAAUCCAGUUCCCCCCCGCAGUAAUUCAUGACCCACAUCCCAGCAGGGGAUAUACAGUCAAUCACUUUCCCCAGCGUUGGGCGUGGGGAAAGCCAGGUCCCAGGCAUGCAAAGCUGAGGCUGUUCCAAACAUGGGGCUUUAGGCUGGCUAACAGCCCCUCAUGCCAAGGGUUGUCCCUUGUUUCUGCAUCUCUGUACAGCAAGAUCAGGAGUUGCUGAGUGCUGCAAAAAGCAGCAAGAAAUACCCUGUAAAUGCAGUAGGAACUUUUGAUUGAAAGGAGGAACUUCAUUGUUUAGAAAUUAACCCACUCAUGCACCUUAUUCCGAAUUCAGUACACUCCCUUUGAUACAUCACAUCUGUUUGUAGUGGAAAUAUUUUUAAGGUUACAAACUGAGAAAGAAGGAGCAGCAGAUUAAUUUUUAAGUAACAAAGUUCCUAUUUUCAUGAACAACAACAAGUAGAGACGGAAAAAAAGAAAACAGAACAUAUUAGAUCAGAGCUGAAUUGUUUCAAAACAGAAUAUUUUUCAGUUUUCCAUUAGGAGUCUGUGACUACAUUUUAUUCAAUAGUUUCAGUAUGUUUCUGUUACAUAUACAAUAGAACCUCGCCGACACGAACACCAGAGUUACAAACUAACUUGUCAACUGGUCCACACACCUCAUUUGGAACCGGAAUUACGCAAUCAGGCAGCACCAGAGGGGGGUGGGAAAGCAAAUACUGUGUGACUAAGCAAAAUGGCAAGCAGUAGGAAGCGCAAACGUGUCACACUUUCAAUUGACACAAAACUAGAAAUAUUAAAAAAACUCGACAGUGGUGUUAGCCUCAGCAACAUAGCAGUAGAAUAUGGUAUCGGGAAAUCAACCAUCACCGAUAUUCGGAAAAGCCAGGAAAAAAUAAAGCAAUUUGCAAAAGAAGCCAAAGACAACGGAACAGUAAAAAGCAGGUGUAUUGUACGCAAAGCUGCUGAUGAUGCUUUUGAUAAGGCAAUGCAUCUGUGGUUUGCACAAGAGAGAUCAAAAGGCACUCCUAUAAGUGGUGUCAUGGUUACCGAGAAGGCAAAGUUACUCUACCGAGAAAUGUAUCCAGACAAAGGUGAGAACCAUUUUAAAGCAAGCACAGGGUGGCUUUGUCGGUUCAAAAAUCGGCAUGGAAUACGGCAGUUGAGGAUGCAAGAAGAGUUUCUAACAAGUGACUGGAAUGCUGCAGGUGUAUUUAAAAACAUUUUCAAAUCAUUUAUUGAACAGCACGAACUUACCCGGGACCAAGUGUUUAACUGCGACGAGACGGGCUUGUAUUGGCGCCUGCUUCCAAACAAGACUCUGGCAGACAAUUCAGAAAAACAGGCGAAGAAUUUCAAAUCCAGUAAAGAUCGGGUCACGCUGAUGGCUACUGCUAAUGCAAGCGGGGAUUUCCGUCUCCCAUUGGUGUUCAUUCAUAAAAAGGCGAAACCUUGCUGCUUUGCAAACGUCACUAUGUCAGCUCUACCUGUCCAUUACUACAGCCAGCGCUGUGCUUGGAUGGAUAAAGGCAUUUUCUCCGACUGGUUUUUUAAACACUUUGUUCCGCUUGUGAAAGACUACCUUACCUCAAAAUCGUUACCUACCCGAGCUGUGCUACUGAUGGACAAUGCUCCAUCUCAUCCUGCCAUUGAAAAUCUAUUGACAGAAGAUGGAAGCAUUCGUUGUUUGUUUUUGCCACGAAAUGUCACCAGCCUCAUUCAGCCAAUGGACCGAAGCAUUCUGGAAAACAUGAAAUGUCGAUACAAGCGAAACCUCUUACAGCGAUUAUUACUGGGAUCAAUGCAAUUUGAAUCUUACACAGAUUUUUGUAAACAGCUGACAAUCAAAGAUGCUGUCUACAUGUGUGCCGAAUCCUGGAGUGAGAUUAGCUCUGAGUCUUUGAGACGCUCAUGGAAUACACUUUGGCGGUGUAUUGAUAACACUGAACCAGAUAAUUUGGAAAACAAUGAGCAGAUGGAAAUAAAUCAACUAGAUUUUUCUGAAGAGCAACAGCUUUUGGAUAUCACCACGGAGGAACAGGAGGAAUGGCUAAACGCAGAUAAACAUGAGAACGGGCACCCUAUUCUUAGCGACCAUGAGAUAAUUGAAUUGGUACGAGAAACAGCACAACCGGACAGUGACAGCGACAAGGAGGGGGAGAACGCCAAGAAGAUCCCACACAUGCAAGCAGAAGAGUGCUUCACUGCCUGUCUUCAAUGGCUUGAACAACAGCCUGAAGCCACACCGAUUAACCUAAUGAUGCUUCACAAGCUACGCACCUUGGCAGCAAAAAAGCUUGUUAGCAACCUCAAGCAAAGUACCAUUAAAGAUUUUUUCAAGUCUACAUAGUUUAUGCUGUAAAGUUAAGCAGGAAAGUUAAGUUUAGAAACUUUUUUUUUUUUAAUUGUCAUUAUAAAGACUAGUGUCGGUACGUUUUGCUGCAGCAUUUUUUUAGUGCUAUUUGAAUGGACUUUUAAAUUGGUGGGCCUUUAUGUUGGCUUUUUUAUUUCAUGGAUAACUAACACUAAAAAAGAAGCAAGAGAAAUUACUUAAAAUUGAAAUAUAUUACCAUGUUAAACGUAAACUACUAAA